CAAGGGCGCGCGGUGUUGCCCGCGUCUGCCCGGUCCUCGGGGCUACCGGGCCCGAAAGGCUGAGGAGCGUGGAAGGAGGGUGCUGGCACCUGUGCGGUGAUGGGCGUGGGUCCGACCGGCCGCGCGUGCGGCCUGCAUAAUCUCCCGCUUGCCGGGAUGGCGGCUCCGGAGGCGGCACCGGCCCGCUGGGCGUGUUAGCGCGAGCUUGCCGCGCCGGGUGGUGGCCCGGGCGGCCCCGCUGCGGAGCUCCGCACUGCAGGCCCUUGGUCAAGGCCGAGCCUGGGCGCCGCCAGCGCGAUCCCGCGGCCGAGCGCUGUCCAUGCAGAGCGCUGUCCAAACGCUGGGAACUGCCGGGCGCCGGAGCCCUCCCCGGGCCAGCGGCGCGCACGCAGCGACACCGUGCGGCCGCGGCUGCAGCGGCCGGGUCCCCAGACCCACGGACGCCAGCGCCGGAAGCUGCCAGUGCUUGCUCAGCCUUGAUCCGGGGAGCCCACCAGCAGGUGAAGGUACCGCAGACCAUUGGGAACCAACUCGGGCAGCCCAGCGGAGACCACCAGGUAGCCGAAGGGGUCAACAUGGACCAGGCACGAGCACACAGCAAGGACGACGUGGAUCUGGAGGUGCUGGUGAGUGACAUGAACGCAUCGCUGGAGAGCCUGUACUCAGCCUGCAGCAUGCAGUCGGAUACGGUGCCGCUCCUGCAGAACGGCCAGCACUCGCGCAGCCAGCCGCCGGCCCAGGCUGCCCGGCCCCCGCCCCCGCCGCAGGCAUCACCGCGGCAGAAGGUGCAGCGCUCCCAGCCUGUGCACAUCCUGGCUGUCAGGGACCCCUUGGGGGUUCAAGCUCGGAAGACUCAGGAGAAUGCGCAGGAGACCUUGUGUCGGCCGGGUGGCCUCCAGGCUCAGUCCCCGGAGAGCCUGUGUGCUGGUGCGCCAGGAGCAGCUGCUGAUGGGCCGUCCUCUUGCUCCUCACACAGGCGCCUGCAGGAUGAAGACCAGCACUUCCGUACCUCAUCGCUGCCGGCCAUUCCCAACCCCUUCCCUGAGCUUGGGGGUUCUGGGAACAAUGCCACUGCCGCCGCCGCCGCCUCGGCCUCGGCGAGCCUCCCAUCGGCCUCCUUGCCUGCGAGCCAGCCUGUUACCAAGCAGGAUGUCAAGGUCUUCAGUGAGGACGGGACAAGCAGAGUGGUGGAGAUUCUGACUGACAUGACGGCUCGCGACCUGUGCCAGCUGCUGGUUUACAGGAGCCACUGUGUGGAUGACAACAGCUGGACCCUGGUGGAGCACCACCCACACCUGGGCCUAGAGCGGUGCUUGGAAGACCAUGAGGUGGUGGUCCAGGUGGAAAGCACCAUGGCGAGUGAGAGCAAGUUCUUGUUCCGGAAGAAUUAUGCCAAAUACGAGUUCUUUAAGAACCCCACUAACUUCUUCCCGGAUCAAAUGGUCACUUGGUGCCAGCAGCCGAACGGCAGCCAGUCGCAGCUUCUGCAGAACUUCCUGAACUCGAGCAGCUGCCCUGAGAUCCAAGGGUUCCUGCACGUGAAGGAGCUGGGCAGGAAGUCGUGGAAGAAGCUGUAUGUGUGCCUGCGCCGCUCGGGCCUGUACUGCUCCACCAAGGGGACAUCCAAGGAACCCAGGCACCUGCAGCUGCUGGCUGACCUGGAGGAGAGCAACGUUUUCACCCUGAUCUCGGGGAAGAAGCAAUACAGCGCCCCCACGGACCAUGGGCUCUGCAUCAAGCCAAACAAAGUGAAGACCGAAACCAAGGAGCUGCGCCUGCUGUGUGCUGAGGACGAGCAAAGCCGCAUUUGCUGGAUGACCGCCUUCCGUCUGCUCAAGUAUGGAAUGCUCCUGUACCAGAACUACCGCAUCCCUCAGCAGAGGAAGGCCCUGCUGGCGCCCUUCGCCACCCCGGUGCGCAGUGUCUCUGAGAACUCUCUGGUGGCGAUGGAUUUCUCUGGGCCAUCAGGAAGAGUGAUUGACAAUCCCGCGGAGGCCCAGAGCGCUGCCCUGGAGGAGGGCCAUGCUUGGCGGAAGCGAAGCACUCGGAUGAACAUCCUGUCCAGCCAAAGUCCGAUGCACCCUAACUCGUUCAGCACCAGUAAGCAUGGCGCGGGCUAGUGCCCGCCACCCGCAAGGCGGCCGCGCACUUCCGGGGCUGGACUUCCGGGGAGGCGCUUGGACUAACGGGGAGGCGCCUGGACUCCGGGAGGCGCCUAAAUUCCGGGGAGGUGACCAGACUGCUCGAGGAGGUCG